AUGGAGCGCAAUUCAUCUUUUUUUGCCGGUAUAGUUCUAUGUGAUUGUCAGAAAAUCUUGAAUGAUGUUUUCGCCGAUUAUGCGCAGCGUCAGCAGAAACUGUUCGAAGUGUAUUAUUGGUUAUUAAAAUACUACGUGAGCAGAUGUUCAUUUGCUGAGGCAAUGCGCAUCACUUCGUAUACUGAUAUUCUCAUCGGUAGACAGAAAAAAGAUAUCGUUAUCUCUACAUCACUCGUAGUAGAUUUCACACGUGUCCAAGCUCAAGUCGCUUCGUUGUGGUACGUGAUGGGUGACUACCAGAGCGCAGUGACAUUUUGUUUUAAAGCUGUGAAUGUUGCGAGGAAUUGUAAUGCAGGACUUGAGGGCCAAGUGGAACUGCUCUCUGUCACAGCGAAAAUCCUCGUCUUCAAGAAGCAUUUUGCUCUUGCACUGAAAUGCAUUCGUUUCGCUCUGGCGCUUGUACUCAGACAUCCACACCUCGAAGUGCUGCUCUUUUCUGUUCUCUCCGAUUUCACCGAGUGCUUGCUGAAAUCAGAUAGUGUCGAUAUGGCUCUAGACGUCUCCAUUCUAUUGCUCAGUCGGGCGGAACAGUACUACGGCAGAAAUUCUCUUCAUGGAGCACAAGCGAAGUUCGUUUAUGCCCGUGCUGCAUUUGAGUAUUUGCACGAUUUUUAUGGCUUUUACCGCAUUGGCAGGAUGGAUUAUAUGCAGACACAAUAUUUUUGCAAUAAAUAUGCACAUGCAGCAGCAGAAUUUAACAGACUGAACCUGGAUGAAGAAAACCACCAGCGUCUUUACUCCGAUCUUUUGGAAGGUCAGCUCGAAGUGGAGCGCGCUAUUGUAGCCCGGAAGGAGCCGGAAAGAUUGCAUGAGAUAUUGAAAAGACACCGGCAUGCAAUUGAGAAGUUUGAAAAUUUAAAAGCCAACAAUGCCCACUCCGCAGAGGCCUAUCAUUCUCUUGGCGAGCUCUACAAGUUACUCAAAGAAUACCACAUGGCGGAGGCAAUGUACGGUGCUGCUAUCGCAAUUAAAAGAAAAGUUUACGGCUGUGAUACGCCUGAAGAAUCGCUUACAUUGGGUCGACUUGCUGAACUACAUUUAAAGAUGCUUAAGAAUCCAGCGAAGGCGUUAUCUCUUUAUCAGAAAUGUCUUCAAAUCGGAAGGCCGAGACGCCCGGAUAGUUUUAGUGAUGUUUUGCUUGGAUGCACCUUUUGGUCGGGAACAGCUGUACCAGAUUCGUCGCUUGAAAACUGCAUAUUUCCAACAGAUACCUAUCGCUUGUUAAUUGUAUUAGUGCCGUUGCCUCGGCGACAUAUUAUAGUUGGCCCAUAAUUAUCCACAUUUGGCGAGCGAUGUACCAGACUUGGCUUUAUUUACAACGGAAUAUCAGUUGCGUAUCGCUCCCUCAAAUCUCCGGAUUUAGCGCUACAGUACCGCAGGAAGUUUUAUCAGUGGAAAAGUGCUAUGAAUGAAAAUGAAACCAAUCAGCCAAAGCACCCCUUUGCAGAAGCACUAUCCAUCACAGCUUCCUUUGAGGAACUUCUUACUGAAUGUCACACGCUUCUUAAAACACAGCAUUUGUAA